AGCUUUUGUUUGUCCAAAUUGGAGAGGAUUAAGGGUUCACAGUUAAAGACAAGACGCAAGAAAAAAAAAGUAACAUAAAGUUCACAAAGGAUCAAGGUAAAUGAGCCCAAUGCAAAUGAUGUGAUUGCACAAGAAAUGAAUGUGAAACUGGAAAAUUUGUCAUUGAAUGAUACAUCCAAGAUUCUUUUUACUCUACAAAACGUUACUGAGUUACAUAUUCUGAGUUGUGAAAAAGUUGAAGUACUAUUUUGUGCUUCUGCGCUGGAAUGUUUACCAUAUUUAGGUGCACUUAACAUCUAUAGAUGCAAUGAAUUAAAACAGAUAAUUGGUGAGGAUGCAAAGAAUCAUAGAAAGCCAUUUUUCCCAAGGCUGAAAGCACUUAUCAUAAGAGAAUGCAACAAAUUGAAAUGCAUCUUUCCCGUUCCAACUUCCAAAAUGGUACCCAUGUUAGAAGCUCUGUUAAUCAUGGAAGCAAGUAUGCUAGAGGAAGUAUUCGAAGGAAACUGUUAUGAAAAGGUUGGGAUUCCAAAUCUGAAAACUGCAGGCUUUGUUGAACUUCCAAGCCUUCGCCAGAAGAUUGAAUUUCUUACCCAAAAACAGUUUUUGGUGAGGAAUUGCCCAAAACCGUACAUCCCUUCAUUCCCUCAAGAUCUCAAACAUUUUUCAUAUUCUAUGACAGAUUUUCAGGGAACAUCUAACUCAGUGUUUACCAAUUCUCAAAAUACUAAUUCUACAGAAGCGACAGAUCAACCUAUAAAGAAUAUAUUAACAGAGAUAGCAGAUGAUCUUGACGAAGACUCUAAAACCACAGAGAUUAGGAGUCAGAAUGAAAUGACAAAAGCAAAAGAAGACUUUUCAAUUGAUGUUAAAGCUGAGGUAUUAUCAGGAACUGACUUCACUUCAUCGCAGGAAACAAAGAAAACUUGUGAAGAUGGAACUGCAUCACCAUAUGAGAAGACGAUAGCGUUGUCAACUGAUUCAGAAUCAGAACAUGGUGAAGCUCAAAUAUCUGUACCGUUUUCAGUUUUGAAUAUAGAACUUGAAACCACUGAAGAUGUUGGUGUUGGAGACAUUCAAGAAGCUUCUCCAGAGAAACUUGCUGAGAUCACUCAAGAUUCAAGUUCUGGUUAUAGUGUAAGAAGGGAGCUUGAGCAACUUGUCUCUAAGAAGCAUUUGGGGUCAGAGAACUUGGCUCUGUUAAGCAAUUUCCUUGUGAAGCAUCCUUCUCUUCGUUUAGCAGACGAUGCCAUGAGUGAGAGAUACAAGGGCUUUGCCUACACUUGUCUGGCUGAGCUUUUGAAGUUUCUCCAAAGCCAUAGUGUGUUUAUGUCAAGCCACCCUGAAUUUGUUGAAUUGUUAAAAGAUCUGCGUAACUGUGGUUUCAAUAAGGAUUGGUUGGAUGAUGUUGAAAGACUCAAGCUACUUUGAAAUAGAUUAGUGUGAGAUUCUAGAGUGUUCAAAGGUUUAAUCUAAAAAACAAAGAGAUUGAAGUUAAGUGUUGAAUUGUUAAGGACUUUUUAUGUUAGGGAAACUAUUAAUGAUAGAC